AUAAGAUAGACGACACACACACACCCAUGAUAGCAUUCCAUUUCCCGGAGAGGACGAAAACAGAGAAUACAAUGCAGCCAAGAGAGAGAGACCACAGCUCCUCCUUUAUUAUACAAGUAGGUGAUCAUCAACAAUUCCAUCACCACCACCAAUUUGAUCCUCAUCAUCAUCAACCUCCCAAAUUGAACUUGUCUGCCAUGAAACUCUUCAACCGCUUCCGGAAGAUAAUAAUGAGACUCUUAUUUUCUAUCCCAUCUCGAUCAGCUACCGCGUCUUCUUCAUCUUCCUCAGGAGCCACGAGCAGCACCCCCAGGCAAAGGAACAGCACCAGCUGUGACAGGUUCUUUGAGCCCCCAAAGACUUCAUGCAGUUCCUAUUAUUCAUCUCAUUCGCAUUAUAACGAGGCCAUCGCUGACUGCAUCGAGUUCUUUAAUAAGUCCUCGUCGUCUACCCAAGAGGACAUGUUGGAUUUUGAUCCACAAUCCAGCGUUAUGGUUUGAACUUUGAUAUAAAUGUUUCUUUUCGCAUGCACAUGCUCAUGUACUUAUGUACUUAUGUUUUGCCUCACUGUCUUUUUUCUUAUUAAUUCGUGAUCUUGUUUUGGUUUCAACUU